AUGGGGCUGCUUUAUUCCCGUAUGGUUUUUCAGCCUCCGCGCCCCCCGCAGUAUUCCGUUGAGUCGGAGAACGAACUUUUUUGGAUAUGGACCGCAAGUGGGUCGCGCAUUCCAGUUAUUUACUACGACGGAGGUGUGGCUCGAAAGCCGACCCCACGCAACCGCUCGGAGCAGCGAACCUCGGCGUCUCCUGUGCAAGAGUUGCGUCGCUACAGUCGACCGUUUUGGAAAGUCUGGCCUCGAAAGUCUACUCACGUCGGUCAAGAGGCAAAAGUUGAUCCACGUGAGGUCGCAGCCUUGCUUGAUUUGUCGAGCAGGGCUGCGCAUGGGCAGAAGCUACAAGACACCCCGUUGGAAAGAGGUCAGGGUACCUCCGGGGGGACUGCAGAUUCCCGUGAUGAAAUGGAAGCUGGACACGUUCUUGAUAUUUUAAACCAAGUGCCGCAACCCAGGAGGGAACGAAGGGGAUAUCCGGAGGAGUUUUUCACGAUACUCUACUCGCACGGCAAUGCCGAGGACCUUGCUUCUGCAGGAGCAUAUGUGCAGCUAUUGACGACGGUUCUGGGCUGUAAGGCGAUUGCUUAUGAUUACACCGGAUACGGUCUUUCGUUACCGGCUGGUGUUCGCCCCUCAGAAUAUCGUUUCUAUAAGGAUACGUACGCGUGUUAUCGUUACCUUAUCAAUCUAGGCGUGCCUCCCGAGCGAAUCCUGCUCAUUGGCCGCUCCGUUGGAUCAGGACCAACAGUUGAGCUGGCUUCGAGAUUUCCCAUCGGUGGUGUCGUCCUCAUUGCACCACUCAUGAGCUGUUUACGCGUGGUGUACCCCGACAUUCGCUGUACGAUUCCCUGUCUGGACAUGUUCCCAUCGAUUGAUCGGAUCCAUCUCAUCAAGGCUCCGGUUCUCAUUAUUCAUGGAAUGCAGGACAAUGUUGUUUCAAUUUGCCAUGGAAGAGGGCUCUAUGAACGCUGCAAAAUGAAAACUGAGCCCCUCUGGCUGGAAAAUGCCUCACAUAACGACAUCGAGGUGCAUUAUCUUUCAACUGUUUUGCAGCGGAUCCGCGUGUUCAGCAGAUAUUGUGCAGCCUUUUUCGCCGAGCGUAAUAUCGAACGGGCCUAG